CCGCUGGCCGCCGCCAUGCACGCCGCGGAGCCCUCGCCGCCCCGGGACCUUGGGACUACGUCGAGGCCGAACUUUUAGGUCCCGCUGAGCGAGGCCCGCGGGGCCGGGUGGGGGGCUGGCCGCGGCACCCGCGCGGAGGAUGGAUGGCCGAGACUUCGGGCCCCCGCGGUCCGUGCACGGCCCCCCGCCGCCGCUGCUGUCCGGCCUGGCCAUGGAUAGCCACCGCGUGGGCGCCGCCACCGCCGGACGCCUGCCAGCCUCGGGCUUGCCGGGCCCGCUGCCGCCCGGGAAGUACAUGGCCGGCCUCAACCUUCAUCCGCACCCGGGCGAGGCCUUCUUGGGCAGCUUCGUGGCCAGCGGGAUGGGCCCCUCAGCCUCAUCCCAUGGGAGCCCGGUGCCCCUGCCCUCUGACCUCUCCUUCCGCUCGCCCACCCCCAGCAACCUGCCCAUGGUGCAGCUGUGGGCGGCCCACGCCCAUGAAGGCUUCUCCCACAUGCCCAGCGGGCUGUGCCCAUCCUACCUCCACCUGAACCACCUGGAGCCCCCCAGCAGUGGGAGCCCCCUCCUCAGCCAGCUGGGCCAGCCCAGCAUUUUCGAUGCCCAGAAAGACGGCUUCUACCUGGCUGCCCCCGGAGCGCCCAGCGCCCUGCACUCUCACGCGCCCUCCUCGAGGACCCCCGGGGGCCACUCCUCGGCUGCCCCAGCCAAAGGCUCCGCCUCCUCUUCGUCCUCCUCUUCCUCGUCAUCGUCCUCCCGGGAAGGGCCUGCCAAGGAGCGCGCGGGCCGCGGCGGGGAGCCGCCUCCGCUCUUCGGCAAGAAGGACCCGCGGGCUCGUGAGGAGGCGGCGCGCGUGGUGGACCUGACCCAGGAGGCGCGCGCCGACGGCCGCCAGGAGCGCGCGCCCCCGCGCCUAGCCGAGCGCCUGUCCCCCUUCCUGGCCGAGGCCAAGGGCAAGGGCGCGCUGAACCUGUGCAACGGCGCGGGGGACCCGGGGCUGCCCGCCUUGGUGGCCGAGUCGGGCCGCGCCGGCGCCAAGGAGGCGGCCCGGCAGGACGAGAGCGCGCGGCUGCUGCGGCGGGCCGAGGCCCUGCUGCCCGCGGGGCCGCGGCCCUGCCCCUCGCCGCUGCCCCCGCCGCCGCCGCCGCCGCCGCCUCUGCCCAAGGGCCCGCCCGCGCCCGCCGCCUCCGCGCCCGCUGGCGUCUACACCGUGUUCCGCGAGCCGGGCCGGGAGCACCGCGUGGUGGCGCCCACCUUCGUGCCUUCCGUGGAGGCCUUCGACGAGCGCGCGGGGCCCAUCCAGAUCGCGUCCCAGGCGCGCGACGCCCACGCCCGCGCGCGGGAGCGCGAGGCGGCCCGGCCCGGCGUCCUGCAGGCGCCCCCCGGCUCCCCGCGGCCCCUGGAGCGGCCCGAGGCCCUGCGCGAGAAGAACUCGGUCAUCCGCUCGCUCAAGCGGCCGCCGCCGCCCGCCGACGCCCCUCCGGCCCGCACGGCGCGCGCCUCCCCGGACCCCCGCGCCUACCUGCCCGCCAAGGAGCUGCUGCGGCCCGAGGCCGAGCCGCGGCCUUGCGAGCGCGCGCCCCGCGGCCCGGCCGCCCAGCAGGCCGCCAAGCUCUUCGGCCUGGAGCCCGGGCGGCCGCCCGCGCCCACGGGGCCCGAGCCCAAGUGGAAGCCCUUCGACCUGGGCAACUUCGCCACCACGCAGAUGGCCGUGCUGGCCGCGCAGCACCACCACGCCGGCCGCGCCGAGGACGAGGCCGUGGGGGCCGCCUCCAAGAAGGCCUACCUGGACCCGGGGCCGGCGCUGCCCCGCGCCUCGGCGCCCUGCGGCCGGCCCGGCGCCGACCUGCACCCCGCGGCGCACGCGCCCGGAGAGGCCUCGGCCAUGCAGAGCCUCAUCAAGUACAGCGGCAGCUUCGCGCGCGAGGCGGUGGCCGUGCGCCCCGGCGGCUGCGGCAAGAAGAGCCCGUUUGGAGGCCUGGGCACCAUGAAGCCCGAGCCGGCGCCCACGUCUGCGGGCGCACCCCGGGCCCAGGCCCGCCUGCCGCACCCCGGCGGCCCCGCCGCGGCGGGCAGCGGCCGGCAGCUGAAGCGGGACCCGGAGAGGCCCGAGAGCACCAAGGCCUUCGGGCGCGAUGGCUCUGGGGCCCAGGGCGAGGCCGAAGUGCGGCACCCGCCGGUGGGCAUCGCCGUGGCCGUGGCCCGGCAGAAGGACAGUGGCGGCAGUAGCCGGCUGGGGCCCGGCCUGGGCGAGCAGGAGCGAUCCUUGUCGCUGAGCACCGUCAAAGGGCACGGCCGAGCCGACGAGGACUGCGGGGACGACCGGGCCAGGCACCGUGAGGAGCGGCUGCUGGGGGCGCGGCUGGACCGGGAUCAGGAGAAACUGCUCCGAGAAAGCAAGGAGCUGGCCGACCUGGCCCGCCUGCACCCCACCAGCUGCGCCCCGAACGGCCUGAACCCCAACCUCAUGGUGACCGGCGGCCCUGCCCUGGCGGGCUCCGGACGCUGGUCCACCGACCCCGCGGCCCAUCUGGCUGCACACCCCUGGCUGCCCCGCUCGGGCAGCACGCCCAUGUGGCUCGCCGGACACCCCUAUGGCUUGGGCCCCCCGUCUCUGCACCAGGGCGUGGCGCCUGCGUUCCCCCCCGGCCUGGGGGGCUCCCUGCCCUCGGCCUACCAGUUUGUGCGGGACCCCCAGUCGGGCCAGCUGGUGGUCAUCCCCAGCGACCACCUGCCUCACUUUGCGGAGCUGAUGGAGCGGGCCGCGGUGCCGCCCCUCUGGCCCGCCCUGUACCCCCCUGGCCGCAGCCCCCUGCACCACGCCCAGCAGCUGCAGCUCUUCUCGCAGCAGCACUUCCUGCGGCAGCAGGAGUUCCUGUACCUGCAGCAGCAGGCGGCCCAGGCCCUGGAGCUGCAGCGGAGCACCCAGCUGGUGCAGGAGCGGCUGAAGGCCCAGGAGCACCGGGCCGAGAUGGAAGAGAAAGUGAGCAAACGGAGCCUGGAGGCCGCGGGCAAGGCCGGCCUGGCCGCCGCAGGGCCCGGGCUGCUGCCUCGGAAGCCCCCCGGCCUGGCCACCGGCCCCGCGGGCGCGUACAGCAAAGCCGUGAGCCCGCCGCCGUCUCCCCGCGCGUCCCCUGUGGCCGCCCUCAAGGCCAAGGUCAUCCAGAAGCUGGAGGACGUGUCCAAGCCGCCCACCUACGCCUACCCCGCCACGCCCAGCUCCCACCCCAGCAGCCCGCCGCCCGCCUCCCCGCCCCCGGCACCUGGCAUCACCCGCAAGGAGGAGGCACCGGAGAACGUGGUGGAGAAGAAAGACUUGGAACUGGAGAAGGAAGCCCCCAGCCCCUUCCAGGCCUUGUUCACAGAUAUCCCUCCCAGGUACCCGUUCCAAGCCCUGCCUCCACACUACGGCAGGCCCUACCCCUUCCUGCUGCAGCCCACGGCGGCCGCCGACGCAGACGGCCUGGCCCCCGAUGUGCCGCUUCCCGCCGAGGGGCCCGAGCGCCUGGCGCUCUCGCCUGAGGACAAGCCCAUCCGCCUGUCACCCUCCGCCAUGCCAGAGCCGCUGCGGGAGAGCCCGGAGGAAGACACCCUGACCGAGAGGGAGGUGAAGGCCGAGGUCGAGGACGAAGACGAGGGCCCGGCUGAGCUGCCGCCCCUACAGUCGCCGCUGGCCCUGCCCGCCGCGGACGCCAUGGUGGCCGCGAGCCCCGCGGGCAGCUGUGGGGGCGGCCUGCUGGAGGCCCAGGCGCUGAGUGCCGCCGGCCAGGGCCGUGUGGAGCCCCCCGAGUGCCCAGAUUUUGCGGAAGGGGCCGAAGCACAGGUGGACUUGCCGGGCCGGACAGAGUCCUGCGCGGCCGCCCUGGAGCUGGGGAGCCGGCUGACACCCGAGACGCUGGUGGAGGCCAAGGAAGAGCCGGUGGAGGUGCCCACGGCGGAGGCAGGGCCCGAGGAAGGCCUGAGCGAGCCCCGGGCCGACCUAGAACUGUCAGACUGCGACGUGCCCGCCAGGGAGGCGCAGUGCCUGGGCCUGGAGCCUCAGGAGGCUGCACCUGUGCCCGGCAGCGGCUGCUACCUGGAAGAGGUGAGCUCGGACCAGUUCCUGCCUGGCCUGGAGGACCCGCUGGCCGGCAUGAACGCCCUGGCUGCGGCCGCAGAGCUGCCCCAGGCCAGGCCUCUGCCGUCCCCGGCCGACACGGCCCCGGCCUUGGAGCAGCCAGAAGCCGCGGCCCCGAGCCUGGGCCUGGAGCAGAGCUUCCUGCAUGGCAUCACCCUGCUGAGCGAGAUCGCGGAGCUGGAGCUGCAACGCAGGGGCCAGGAGGCCGCAGGUGCAGAGCCGGGCCUGGCUGUGCGGCCGUCGCUGGAGAGCCUGCUGGCGGCCAGCAGCCACAUGCUGAAGGAGGUGCUGGACAGCCCGCUCGUGGACCCGCUCAAGAACCUGCGGCUCCCCCGGGAGCUGAAGCCUCACAAGAAAUACAGCUGGAUGCAGAAGAAAGAGGAGCGGAUGUACGCCAUGAAGUCGUCCCUGGAGGACAUGGACGCCCUGGAGCUGGACUUCCGGAUGCGGCUGGCUGAGGUCCAGCGGCAGUACAAGGAGAAGCAGCGAGAGCUGGUGAAGCUGCAGCGCCGCCGAGACUGCGAGGACAGGCACGAGGAACCCCAUAGAAGCUUGGCACGCAGAGGCCCUGGCAGGCCGCGGAAACGGAGCCACGCCCCGAGCGCCCUGUCGCCCCCCCGCAAGAGAGGGAAGAGCCGCACCAGUAGCGGAAAGCUGAGCAGCAAGGCCCUGCUGGCGUCCGAUGACUACGAGCUGGGAGCAGGGAUACGGAAGAGACACAAGGGGCCCGAGGAGGAACACGAAGCUCUCGUCGCCAUGGGGAAGGCCAGGGGGAGGAACCAGAGCUGGGAAGAGCAGGAAGCCUCGGCUGACUUCAUGAGCCAGCUGAAGAUUAAGAAGAAGAAGAUGGCCAGCGACCAGGAGCAGCUGGCGAGCAAGCUGGACAAGGCCCUGUCCCUCACCAAGCAGGACAAGCUCAAGUCCCCCUUCAAGUUCUCGGACACUUCCGGGGCCAAGUCGAAAAGCAGCGGGGGCUGCGGCAGGUACUUGACCCCUUACGACAGCCUGCUGGGCAAGGACCGGAAGGCGCUGGCCAAAGGCCUCGGCCUGUCUCUCAAGCCCGCCAGAGAGGGUCAACACAAAAGGGCCGCCAAAGCCAGGAAGAUGGAGCUGGGCUUCAAGGCCAGAGGCCAGACCAAGUCGGCCCACUCCCCGUUCGCCUCGGAAGUGAGCAGCUACUCCUACAAUACGGACUCCGAGGAAGACGAGGAGCUCCUCAAGGACGAGUGGUCGGCCCAGGGCCCCUCCAGCUCCAAGUUGACGUCGUCCAUCCUGUGUGGCAUGGUGACAAAGAGCAGCAAGUCGGCCGCAGGCCCCAAGCUGAGCAAGCGGGGCCUGGCGGGCCCCCGGACUCUGAACCCCAAGCCGGCCGGCGGCAGGAAGCAGCCGUUCUGUUUGCUGCUCCGGGAGGCCGAGGCCCGUUCCUCCUUCAGCGACUCCUCGGAGGACUCGUUUGACCAAGAUGAGAGCUCCGAGGAGGAGGAGGAGGACGAGGAAGAGUUUGAGGAGCAGGAAGCCGAGGCCGCUGGGGGCUAUCGGCUGGGCGCCCGGGAGCGGGCCCUGUCGCCAGGCCUGGAGGAGAGUGGCCUGGGCCUGCUGGCUCGCUUUGCGGCCAGCGCCCUCCCCAGCCCCACGGUGGGGCCGUCGCUGUCCGUGGUGCAGCUGGAGGCCAAGCAGAAGGCACGGAAAAAGGAAGAGCGGCAGAGCCUGAUGGGGACGGAGUUUGAGUACACGGACUCCGAGAGCGAGGUCAAGGUGCGCAAGCAGUCACCUGCCGGGCUGCUGCGGCCCAAGAAGGGGCUGGGGGAGCCGGGGCCCACCCUGGCCGUGCCCACGCCCAGCGCCCGGGGGCCCGGCCCCUCCAGCCCAGACAAGGCCAAGCUGGUGGCAGAGAAGGGACGCAAGGCCAGGAAGCUGCGGGGCCCCAGGGAGCACGGUUUCGAGGCAGGACCCGAGGCCAGCGACGACGACCUGUGGGCGCGGCGCCGCAGCGAGCGCAUCUUCCUGCACGACGCCUCAGCCGCCACCCCCGUGCCCGCCAGCGCCACGCCGGCUGCCAAGCCCAGCCGCUGCGGCAAGAGCGGCCCGCUGAGCCCACGCAAGGACACCGGCCGCGCCAAGGACAGGAAGGACCCCAGGAAGAAGAAGAAAGGGAAAGAGGCCUGCUCGGGAGCCGCUGCCCAGCCGCCUCGCGCUCCUGCCCUGCCCCCUGAGGCCAGGGCCCCUCACGCCAGCGCCCUGGCCACCGCCAAGAGGAGCAAGGCCAAGGCCAAAGGAAAGGAGGUGAAGAAGGAGAACCGGGGCAAGGGGGGCGCCGUGAGCAAGCUGAUGGAGAGCAUGGCGGCCGAGGAGGACUUCGAGCCCAACCAGGACUCCAGCUUCUCCGAGGAUGAGCACCUGCCUCGGGCAGGGGCCGUGGAGCGGCCGCUGACUCCCGCCCCGCGCUCCUGCGUCAUCGACAAGGACGAGCUGAGGGACGGCCUGCGCGUGCUGAUCCCCAUGGACGACAAGCUGCUGUACGCUGGGCACGUGCAGACGCUGCACUCGCCGGACAUAUACCGCGUGGUGGUGGAGGGUGAGCGUGGGAACCGGCCCCACAUCUACUGCCUGGAGCAGCUGCUGCAGGAGGCAAUCAACGACGUGAGGCCGGCCUCCACGCGCUUCCUGCCGCAGGGGACCAGGAUCGCAGCCUACUGGAGCCAGCAGUACCGCUGCCUCUACCCGGGCACCGUGGUCCGAGGGCUGCUGGACAUGGAGGACGACGGGGACCUGAUCACCGUGGAGUUCGACGACGGAGACACGGGAAGGAUCCCCCUCUCACACAUCCGCCUCCUGCCUCCUGACUACAAGAUCCAGUGUGCCGAGCCUUCCCCGGCCCUCCUGGUGCCCAGUGCCAAGCGCCGCAGCCGGAAGACCAGCAAAGACACCGGGGGAGGCAAAGAGGGGGGCCCGGCGGGGUCCGAAGAGUCGGGGUCCAGGGCCCGAGGGCGCGGCCGGAAGCCCAGUGCCAAGGCCAAGGGUGACAGGGCUGCUGUCCUGGAGGAAGGGGGCUCCACGGAUGAGGUCCCCAGCGCCCCCCUGUCCCUGGAGCCGAUCAGCACCCCAAGUUCCAAGAAGAACCCCCCAGAGUCUGUGGACAAGCGGGCCAAAGCCCCCAAGUCCCGCCCAGCGCCUCCCCAGCCCAGCCCGGCACCAUCCACCUUCGCCAGCUGCCCAGCUCCUGAGCCGUUCGGGGAGCUGCCAGCCCCCGCCACAGGCCUGGCUGCGCCGCCCCUGCCUUCCGUGCCCAUCACCAUGCCCGCCACCCGCCCCAAGCCUAAGAAGGCGCGCACUGCCGAGGAGUCGGGCACCAAGGGCCCACGGAGGCCGGGGGAGGAGGCGGAACUGCUCGUCAAACUGGACCACGAGGGGGUCACGUCCCCCAAAAGCAAGAAGGCCAAAGAGGCGCUGCUGCUCCGGGAAGACCCGGGGGCCGGGGGCUGGCAGGAGCCCAAGGGCCUGCUGGGCCUGGGCAGCUACGCCCCGGCGGCCGGCAGCAGUGAGCCCAAGACAGCCUGGCCCCAGGCCCUGGAUGGAGACCUCGCGCAGGAGCCGGCGUCGGGGCUGGCGCUGGAGGGCUCGGGAGACCCCAAGAGCCCCGACAAGGCGCAGGCGGAGCAGGACGGGGCCGAGGAGUCGGAGAGCAGCGGCGGCAGCAGCAGCAGCGGCAGCAGCAGCAGCAGCAGUAGCAGCAGCAGCGGCUCCGAGACCGAAGGCGAAGAGGAAGGCGAGAAGAGCAGGGAGGAAGGCCGGGGCGCCGGCGGCCGCGACUGCAGCGCCUCCAGCUCCCGGGCCUCGUCUCCUGCCUCCUCCUCCUCGUCCUCCUCCUCAUCUUCGUCCUCCUCCUCCUCCUCGUCCUCCUCUUCCUCUUCCUCCUCCUCCUCCUCUUCCUCCUCCUCCUCGUCCUCCUCUUCCUCUUCCUCCUCUUCCUCCUCCUCCUCCUCUUCCUCCUCCUCCUCCUCCUCCUCCACCACAGACGAGGACUCCUCUUGCAGCUCGGAUGACGAGGCCGCCCCCGCCGCGGCAGCCGGCCCCUCUGCCCAGCCGGCCCUCCCCACCAAGGCCCCCAAGCAGGCAGGCAAGGCGCGCUCCUCGGCCCACUCCCCAGGCAAGAAGGCGCCCGCGGCGCCGGCCCCAGCCCCUCCGGCCCAGCCCUCACAGCCUCUGAAGCCCAAGGCCCAGGCUGGGGCGGGCACCAAGAACCGCCCCAAAAAGAGAGAGGGCGUCCACCUGCCCACCACCAAGGAGCUGGCCAAGCGGCAGCGCCUGCCGUCCGUGGAGAACCGGCCCAAGAUCGCCGCCUUCCUGCCGGCCCGGCAGCUCUGGAAGUGGUUCGGCAAGCCCACCCAGCGGCGCGGCAUGAAGGGCAAGGCGCGGAAGCUCUUCUACAAGGCCAUCGUGCGUGGCAAGGAGAUGAUCCGCAUUGGCGACUGUGCCGUCUUCCUGUCCGCCGGCCGCCCCAACCUGCCCUACAUCGGCCGCAUCCAGAGCAUGUGGGAGUCGUGGGGCAACAACAUGGUGGUGCGGGUCAAGUGGUUCUACCACCCCGAGGAGACCAGCCCCGGUCGGCAGCUGCACCAGGGCCAGCACUGGGACCAGAAGUCCGGCCGCAGCCUCCCCGCAGCCCUGCGGGCCUCUAGCCAGAGAAAGGACUUCAUGGAGCGCGCGCUGUACCAGUCGUCGCACGUGGACGAGAACGACGUGCAGACCGUGUCCCACAAGUGCCUGGUGGUGGGCCUGGAGCAGUACGAGCAGAUGGUGAAGACGAAGAAGUACCAGGACAGCGAGGGCCUGUACUACCUGGCCGGCACCUACGAGCCCACCACGGGCAUGAUCUUCUCCACGGACGGCGUGCCCGUGCUCUGCUGAGCGCCGGGAGGCCCCGCGGGAGGGCACGGACCCUGCAGCCGCAGGGGAGGGGGCUUCCCAGGAACCAGUCUGACGCUUGCUCGGGUUCCGGAGCCGCCGAGACCUCCCACUGCGGGCUGGGGGCGCCUGCGCCAGCCAGCUUCAGGGACCUGCCCCAGGCACUUGCCCUGGGCACUUGCCUGGGGCUCCCGUGUCAGCCAGCUCCGUGGACCUCCGGGCACCUGCUGGGGGUGCCCAUGCCAGCCAGCUCCGUGGACCUCAGGCACCUGCUGGGGGCGCCAGCGCCAGCCAGCUCCAUGGACCUGCGGGGACCUGCCCUGGGCGCCUGCCGGGGGUGCCCGCGCCAGCCAGCUCCGUGGUCCUGCCCCGGGCACUUGCCAGGGGCUCCCGCGCCAGCCAGCUCUAUGAACCUCCGGGGACCUGCCCUGGGUGCCUGCCGGGGGUGCCCACUCCAGCCAGCUCCGUGGACCUUGGGGCACCUGCCGGGGGCGCCCGCGCCGGCCAGCUCCGUGGACCUCGGGGCACCGGCCAGUUCCAGGGACCUGCUCCGGGCACCUGCCAGGGGCUGCCCGCCCCUUGGCGCAGGGCCCCGGGGUAGCGGAACGCAGAUGUGCGGGCCCGGCGCCAGGUGGAGAGGGGCCCCCAGCGCGGGGCCCAGACCCUCACACUACAGAAACCCCCAAUGGUGCUGACGCCCGCCCCGCCGGGAGGCGGCCCCUCCCCCUGUACAGUUUUUCUCUCCCAUGAGACUCGUGCUCCCCUGUAUCAUACGCCUUUAAAUGGAGUCAACUUUUUAAUUAUAUAUAUAAAGAUAAAUAUAUAUAAAUAUAUAUAAAUAUAAACUUUUUAAAACUGUGAAAAAAUAGCUAUGGAAUUAUAAAAAAAAAAGCAGCAGCCCAACAGCGAACACAUUCUCACGUGCAGAAUAUUAUUUUUUAUUUCCUGUUAGAUUGUGAGUGUCUAGCACCCGGCGCCCGCCCCGUCCUGUACCCGACCCCAGGCUGGCGCAGGAGGAGGCAGGGACCCGAGCACUUACGGCCCGCGCCUUCCCGGGCGGCGGCGGCCUCGCCAGACAAUCUUGGAAGGAAAAGCCAGACUAAGGUGUUGUGUUUUUGUUUUUUUUUUUUUGGGUGGGGGGUGGGGUGGGGAAAUUAU